AUGCAAGCAAAUUCUUCGGCCAACGAGAUGACUGUUCCACAAGUUCCGGAAAAUGCGGAUUCGAGAUGGUCCACGUCUCCAGAAUUAUUGAACGACGUCUCUACUUACAACACUCCAUCAUCCUCUUCAUUCGGAUUGCCAAUUGAACCGAUGACAUGGGAUGAGAACCAAUUCUAUCCACUCGCAUAUAACCAAUAUCAAUAUCAUCAAUCUGCCCAACAAUCCUCCUAUGAUCAGAUGCAACCAAAUCAAAUGGGACAUGUCUAUCCAGGAUCUCAAUAUUCGUCUCCCGGAAAUUCCUCGCCAUCUGAUUCAACGUCCUCCACUCCUCCACAUUCAACUUCUACCGAUUAUUGCGUACCGCAUGAUGAUAUGUCUGGAUUCUCAUCGUACCCACUAUAG